CAUCAAAUAUUUACACGUGUUUCAUUUUCCGUGUCGGGUCGAACCAACAAGUUGUUAGCCACAUAUCGAAUUUGAAAUACGCCAUGCAACCGAAAACUUUGCAGUUGCAGUAGGUCAUGGAGUCACGAGUUCAUGAUACGAGAUAUGCAGGAAUAGUCAGUCACUUUGCAUUUCCGAUGUCCACGAAGUCUAGACUAGAUUUCGUGUUUGGGGUUCGUGCAGGAUGUUUUAAUUGUUUUGCAGAAAUAAAUCGUCUAGACGACAGGUGGUACCACUGUUAACUCAAAAUUCAAGCCGCCAUUUUCAAAAUGUAUUAUAGAGUGCUUAUCAUAGUUCGAAAAAAAGUUGGCGUCACCCCACUCCUUCCAAAAACUGACAAUAGAUGACCUCCUAUCUACUUUUUGUCGAUACAGUGUGUUUUAGCAUAAUGUAAGUACGAAUAGCAAACAGAGACGUCAAUUAUCUGUCUAAGACUAGUCCUGAUUAGACCGUAAUUCUGUGAAAAAGAGUUUGGGGAUCCCAGAAAUUUAUAGCCCUUCGGGACCAAACCCUCAGACUUAUCUCUACCCAAACAACGUCACGAUAAUGCAUAUAAAAAUUGCCGUAGUCGUGUUUUUCGCUUUUAUUAUUUGGGCCAAGGUACUACCCGAUGAGCUCGACAACUUCUUGGAAAGAAAAAACUGGAAGUUUUCAAAAGUUGUUUUACAAGGCGACUUAAACCCAGAAGAAGUAUACGACGCCCUUCGACCAGUCCGCCAACUUCAAUUUCUCUGGAGAUUAAAAAAUGGAAAUGGAGGUUUCACGAUUGUUACAUAUGCAGACCGGGAAUUCAUAAUAUUUAAUAAUGUGAUGUAUGAAUGCGAAGGUACCAUUUUAGCAACCAGUGGUACAUGUUCUCAUUCCAUGCGCAAAGUCGAUUUCUCUGUUAAAAGCGAUUUUUGCUACGCCCGCACUGGAUCCACUGUUAACAACAAGUACUACUGUAUUGCAAACGGUCCUACUAGUGUUUACGUCUACAACGACAAAAUAAAGUGUGAAAGUACCGAUAACAGUCCCAGUUUUUUGGUUACUAAGGAAGAAUAUAGCGAGUUGUGUGGAAAUAGAGCAGAAUAUCCUGUUCUUUACAAAUAUUUUACCAAUGACGUGGGGGAACAUAGUGCAGACGUGCACUGCAGUGAUGGUGAUAGACCGUAUGUCUGCACUUUCAUACGGGACGAAAAUGGCAAUGUUGUAUACUCCGGAGUACCAAACAUUCAUGCCAAUUUUUAUAUUUUCGUGACUGCUGUAUUUACGUUUUUUAAAAUAUAAACUUAUACACUGUUAACCUCAAUGAAUAAAUAAAUAAUUUCAGCAUCCUUAA